AUGAGUUCGUCGUCGUCCUCACGUCGUCGUCACCACUCCCCAGAUGCCUCCGGCGAAGAAGACAGCCGGCGGCGCACUGGGCGCGGCGACUACGGUCGCUCGCGGAGCCCCCGCUGGCGAGGAGACAGCUCUUCGCCUGGACAUCUGCGCAGUUCUUCGUUUCGGCCUUCCUCUUCGCGGGUGCCCUGCGUAUCGUCCUCCUCCCGCCACGCGUCCUCUUCCUCCUCCUCCUCGUCUCGGCAUGCCUCCGACCGCGACCGCAGAGACAGGGGGGGGGUGGGCGAAGAAGAGAGCGAGCGCCGUGAUUCCCGCCACGUGAGCCGCAGUGCACGCAGAGACAGGAGCCUCAGCCCCGAAGACAGACGCUCGGGGCGCCGUGAGCGAGACAGGCGCGCCGUCGGCCGGCGCAGCGAGAGCGCGAGUCGAUCGCCGCGCGCAGACGACCGCCGCCACCGAGGCAGCGACAGGGACAAGGACAACGGUCGCCGGAGGCCUGAGCGCGAAGAGGCCGCCGACGGCAGGCGAUCGUCUCGCCGCUUCGGGGGCGAAGGGAGAGACUGGCCGCGCGACAGGGACGCCAGAAGCCCGUCAGACGACUCCGGCAGCGCAAGCGACGGCGGCAGGCGCAGACACCGGAAGCGACGAAGGAGAAGUGCAGACGAGAGAGCCGAGCGGAAGUCCGCGGAUCGGAGCGCGGAGAAGCGCGCAACCCAGGAAGACGUCAAGCAUGAAGUCCUCGCCAAAAAAAGGGCCGCGCUCCACGAGGAGGACAAGCAGGCGCGCGCGGAACGGGCGGAAGACGCCUUGAGAACGAGUCGAUCCCCACCCCCCCUCCGCGAGGGGAAGGAGGCGUCGGCGGCAUCGCCCACGAAGCGCCAGCCGUCUCCUUCGCCGUCGCUGGUGUCGCCGAGAAAGAGCGAGACCCGGGAGAGCACGGCCGCGGAAGGCGCCAAGAGUUCUUCUGCCUCGCAGGCCCCAGGGGAGGAGGCCGCGAAGAUCAGCCGACUCGAGCGGUUCAAAGCUCUCCAGCAGCUCAAACAGUCUUCAUCGACCUCCGCGUCAUCUGCCGCCGCCCCGUCGUCGCCCGGCGCGGCGGAGUCUCUGCAGGCACCCUCGCCGCAAGCCGACGCAGCGGAGGAGGAAAAGGACUCUCUGGUCUUUCAGUCCGCGGGCUCGAAAGUCGCUGUGGGCUCCACGGGAGACCGAAGAGACACCCGGCAGCCCCAGAUCCGACACCUCGGAGACUCCUCGGCGGCGCAGGCCGUGAAGGCCGCGGCCUCUGCAGCCGCGGCCGCGGUCGCGGCGCUGGCCGCGCAGACGCUUUCGGCGAGUGGCGGGAAGCGCGCCGGAGGCGCAGCGAGGAAGCUGGCAGUUGAAGAGGUUUUUGGAGGCUCGAGAGAGGGCGCGGCGACAGACACGCCGAAGGACGCUGUGGCGUUGGCGCGGACGGCUGGUGGGGCCGCGCGGCGGGCAGAAGGCAGCGCCUCAGUCGCCAGCGAGCAGGCGCGAAAGGCGCCAGACGCGCAGAGAGAAAACGAGGCGGACGCCAGAGACAGUCCGCCUGGGGACGAACCCAAUGGAGCGAGCGCGGAGGGCGCGGCGAGACGAGAGGCCGAAGCGAACAAGUCGGGAGAUGCCGAGAAGCCUAAGGCCGCAGAAGGAGAAGACGGCGCAGGCGAGGAGCUGGACGGGCAGCAGGGAGCCGUGUUGAGGAGGAAACUCACCAAGGCGAAGGCACGAAAACAGCAGCAGAUGCUCCUGCUCAGAACGCUUGAGAAAAAGGCGAAAGACGUCGACAGCAAGUCUGACGAUCCCCUCGAUGCCUUCAUGACUGCCCUCGAGGCGGAGGCGAAGGCAGAGCUGGACGCGGCGAAGGAGGAGGAGCGUGGCAAUGUCGCCGAGCUGCGCUGUCUGAACACGAAGAGGAAGAAGGAGGCCUCCGCCGCGCCGCAGGAUUCCGUGGCUCUCGACGCGACGCAGAGUAUUUCUCUCGACGAAAUCUCGCGCUGGGAGGAAAUUAAACACCAGUUCCUACCUGUCAAGUCGGAGGCAAGCGCGGAUGCGCAGCUUGCCGCCGAGAACGGCCGCCAAGCCCCUGCGGCCUCUUCUUCAGUCAAAACAGAAGCUCCUACGUCGCUAUCAGCGUCCUCUGCUUCCUCUCCAGAGAAGGCAAGUGAGGUGGAGGGAAUGAAGCCAGAGCGAGGGAACGGCGAGACGCCCGCUUCGUCCUCCUCUGUCGUGGAGCAGGCCGCGUCGCGUGCGCGGAGCCCCCGCGCAGCAGCGACGGGCGAGGGAGUUGAGCCGCCGUCUGCAUCCGUGCGAGUCAAGAGCGAGCCCGCGGAAACGGGCGAGGGCGAAGAGACAGCAGGCGGAGCGGCGAUGGACGCCGACGCGGCGGCGGCGGUCGCGGGCGCGAGCGAAGAAGACGAGGGCGCGAAAGACGAGGACGACACGUACUACCGCGUGUUCAUGGAAGAGAUGAAGAAGAAGAAGGAGGAAGAGAAGAAGAAGGAGGAGGCGCGCGAGCAGCGCCGAAAGAUAGCUAAGGCGGUCACGGCGCAGGGCGGGGAAGGCGGCGACGGCGUUGGGAAGAAAAAGAAGAAGCGGAAGGCGGAGGAAGAAGAAGACGAGCGGGUUUUCUCCGAAGGCGAAGAGGAGGAGUCGAGCGACGACGAGGACGAAGAGGGUGAAGGCAAGACUAACCAGGGAGGGGGUGGAGAGGGCGGCGACGAGAAUCUCUCCUACUUUGACCUCCUGAUGAAAGUCGGCGCGAAGAAGCAGCUCCCCACAGUCGACCACGAAGCGUCAGAGUACCCGCCCAUUAAGAAAAACCUGUACAUCCAAGUGAAGGAGAUUUCUUGUAUGAAGGAACACGAAGUCGACGCGCUGAGAAAAACGCACGGAAACAUCAAAGUCCGAGGCAAACAGUGCCCGCGCCCCGUCACCACCUUUUUCCAGUGCGGACUGCCUGACAAAAUCGUCAAGUACCUGACGCUUCGCGGCAUCUCCGAGCCCUUCCCGAUUCAGAUGCAGGCGAUUCCGUGCCUGAUGUGCGGGCGGGACGUGAUUGCGGUCGCCGAGACAGGCAGCGGAAAGACGCUCGCCUACACGCUGCCUCUGAUCCGCCACGUACUCUCUGUGAAGCAGCAGUACAAAACGUACCUGGCGAACAAGCAGCUCGCGGCGCUGGAGGCGGGCGGGGCCGCAGAGGCCGACAAAAAGCCCGCCGUCGAGAAGCCUGAGGAGAAGAAAGUUGGAAAAGAGAAAGUCGUCGUCUACAAAGACUUCAAAGAAGGCACCAUUGGCCUGGUUAUUGCUCCGACGCGAGAACUCUGCGUCCAGAUCUUCAAAGAAAUCAACCGAUGCUGCAACCUCGUGGAUCUCAGCGCGGUGGCGUGUUACGGAGGCGCAGGCAUAGGCAGCCAACUGGGCGCGAUUAAGCGCGGCGUCGACGUCAUGGUGGGAACUCCUGGUCGCUUGAUUGACAUUCUCACGAUGAAUGGCGGCCGCGUUACGUCACUGAAACGCGUCACCUUCAUCGUGCUGGACGAGGCAGACCGCAUGUUUGACUUCGGGUUCGAGCCUCAGGUGACAGCCAUCAUCAGCUCCUCGCGUCCCGAUCGCCAGACCUGUCUCUUCUCCGCGACUUUCCCCCCGCACAUCGAAGCACUUGCGCGCCGCAUCCUCCAGAAGCCUGUGGAGAUCAUCGUGGGCGAGAAGGGUCGCACCGCUGCCAACGUGCAGCAAUACGUGGAAAUCAUGGAGGAAGAGCGGAAGUUCUUCAGGCUUCUUCAACUGCUUGGGGAGUGGCAAGAGCACGGCUCCAUUAUCAUCUUUGUCAAUCGCCAGGUGGAGGCGGACGAGCUUUUCACUGAACUUCUCAAGUAUGGCUACCAAGCUGCGACGCUGCACGGCGGCCAGGAUCAGACCGACCGCGAAUUCACCAUUCAAGAAUUCCAGGACGGCGUACGCACGUUGCUGAUUGCCACGAGUGUGGCGGCUCGCGGAUUGGACUGCAAGCACUGCGUGUUGGUGAUCAACAUGACGUGCCCAAACCACAUCGAAGACUACGUUCACCGCAUCGGCCGCACAGGCCGCGCAGGCCGCAUCGGCGUCGCGUACACCUUUGUGACAAAAGACGACGCCGAUAAAGCCGACGACCUCGAAAAGGCGUUGAUUCAGUCUGGGCAGCCAGUUCCGCAGGCGCUCACGGAUUUGUCGGCGCAGCACAAGCAGGAGUGCAACCUGGGCAUGCACGGGAAGAAGAAGAAAAGCGGAGGCGGCUUCGGCGGUCGCGGGUUUUCGUUCUCCGCCUCGGAGAAGAGUCGCCAGCAGCGCGAGCGCCAGCAGGCGAAGAAGGAGCUCGGCCUGGAGAAGGACGGCGAAGACGAGGAGUACCUCGACGCCGACCUCCUUGCGCCCGACGACGUGCUCGGCCCCUCAGCAGACGCCGCCGGCGACAGCCGCGGGGCGAUUGACGUCGUGACUGGGCUGCCGGCGAACUUUGCCGCAGCGAUCCCCCAGCCCGCCCCCGGGGCUGGCGUCGCCGCGGCUGACCCGAGCUCCGCGCUGCAGUCCGUCGUCGCAGAGGCGGCCGCGAAGGCGGCGUAUCUGGCGCAGCGCCAGGCUGCCGCGUUCGGCCUCAGCGCACCUGGGACUUCAGAGGGCGCCGAGCGCGCGCGUGUCGUCGCCGAGUUGCUCAAGCGACAAGAUGAAGAGAAACUUCGAUCCGGUUUGCCGCCGCCGCCUCCUGGCGCGCCGCUGCCCCCAUCCGGGGCUCCUGGAGACGCGACCACGUUGUCGAUUCCGCAGCAGGCCGAGCGCAUGGCGCACAACGCAGUUCAGCACAUCAUCGACCCGAUUGAGCGGGCGAGGCACUUUGCAGCAGUCAAGCAGUCGCUCACGAACUACCUCACUUCGAGUCGCGCCGCUGGAGCCGCGACCGCGACCGCGACUGCGGCGACAGGCCUCACGCCAGGCCAGCACCAGCAGCAGCUCGCGGUGGCGGCAGCCGCGGCGACUGCGGCUGCGGCUGCGGCUGGGGGCGGCGGCGAAGUCGCCGAGGCUGCGACACAGGCGCUCGAGUUGCUCAAGAGUGGAUCGCAGAGUCUCUCGGCGAGCAUGGCGCUGCACGCAAAUCUCGAAAAACUCAGAAAUAUGUCGAGUCAAACGGCGCAGAGCGUGGCGGCGGCUCUCGCGGUUUUGUCGCCGUCCAACGCGACCCUCGGCAAGAUUCGCGGCCUUAGCGAGCGCGGCUACAAGUGCCCGAACACCGGCAACUUCGUGGAUGAAUUUGAAAUCAAUGACUACCCGCAGAUCGCGAGAUACAAAUUCACUCAGAGGGAUGUCCUGAACCGCCUCAUGGAGGAGACUGGCGCUGUGCUGUACGUGAAAGGUCAACACGUAGAUCCGAAGGAAAAGCACAAAAACAAACUCGCGCCUGGAGCCAAGUACUUGCACGUUGAGAUCAUCGGGGCGACACCCAUCAUCGUUCAGCGCGCGAGGAGUGAGUGUCGGCAGCUGCUGGAGGCCCUCGCAGUUCGCUCGCUGAACACAAGCAACACGCAGACGGCCAGGGCCAUCACCGGCCGCUACAACAUCUGGAGUUGA